ACUAAAGGCCAAUAAAUACUUCUCAAGAACAGAUUAUUUUGUUCUUUUACUUGAGGCGGCAGGAACAAUGUUCCUUUUGGCCAGGAUACACUUCACAGGACCUCAAGUGAAGUUUUCGUUGAGAGGUUUUAGCAUUUGCAUGUAGUAAUUUUUAGACACCAGGCAAAAAAACAAACAAACAAACAAAAAAUUGUUCUGUUCAGAAUGUGUGUCAAGCUGCAAGAAGUCCAAUGGAAAUUAAUAUCUUAAUAUUUAUAGUGGUCCUGGAGGACCACGCCCCUUAUAACAGACACAGAGGGACACAAGGACAGUCAAGUAUAAGUGGACAAAUACAUUAAAGAAAACAUUUUGUGAAAAUAUACAACUUACAGUUACAGUUACACUUGUUUGUGUGCACUCCUGACUUCCACUGUUAAUCAGGAAUAUUUAGUAUCAAUCAAUAUCAAUUUGUAGGUUUCAAAUAUGCAUUAAGGAAGAUGAUUUGCAAUUAAGUUUAACUUUGUGCUCUGGUUGUUUAUCACCUGUUGACUGCACUUGUUUAGUACCUCCAUGUGUUUAAAACAUAAUCUGAGACAUGUUACCUAUUGUGUCUCUAAAGUCAAAAUAAAAUGAAAUAGUUGGUCUUAUUUUACUUGUCACUAUGUGUCAAUGAUUAAUACAAGUCUCAGGGUACUGUACCCACCUAAGUAGAAAAUGGCGUUGUAUGAGUUUAUUGAUAUAAAAGCAAAGUCUUAAAUAAAAUCAACCCAGAUUAAAUGCAUACAAAUUCUUACAGCAGUUUUAUUAGUCAAAUUCCAGGUUUGUUUUAUCAGCCUGGAAGCACCUUAUAUGGUAAGGGACAUGUGACGGACUGUUGAGACCUGCAGCGUCCCAUGACUGCCACGCUGGAGAGGAGCAGCGUGAGGUUCCUAUUGAAACCCGUCUGAUCCAGCCAGUGAGAUCUUUAGUCAGUGGGGAGAGGAAUCAAUUCCAGAUCUUGUCUUGCCGCGGACCUAAUGCACGGUGUCUGUGUGCAACACAGAGUGAAAAUGCGCAACCAAAGUGCACAGACCGACACACAGGCUGCUCUCACGCCAGCUCCCCCUCUGACUGCAGCCCGGUUAGAGAAGGAGGCGCCGGGCAGGAUGCGCGAUGGGACAGGCGUGCGGACACGCGCUCCUCUGCCGUAGCCAACCUCCGUCCUCUGAGAUACGUGGUCAGCAAGUGUUUCUGCGUCCUGAGGAAAGUUCAGCCCCGGCUCUGGGCACCAGGCAGUCCACCACGUUGUCCGAUCAGCUCCAGGAUGCCUUGCUGCGGCUGGCAGCAGUUGUUGAUGUACGCUCGCUCCGAGUGGCCCUGCGAGACAGCGUUCAGGAGCUGCUCCCCAGCACGGAGUGUGUGUGCAUCUUCGUGCUGGAGGGAGACUCCAGGCUAUUGUGCGAUGACCCGCCGUACGAAGUGCCACAGGAGGGGAAGAUCAGGAGUGCUGUGGAGCAGCAGAAGCGAUGCGAGUGUGCCGGUCUCCCUCCAUCUGAACUGCCAGAGAAACACAGGCUCUUCCUCGCUGCACCGUUACCGGCACACAGGAGAGCUCUUGUAAUUCCUAUCUUGGAUCAGGAUCACACCAAGGUCCUAGCCGUCUUACUGGUGGGAUGUGGCCCGCUAUCAGAUCAAGACGAACUGCAUCUGAAUGUGCUGGGAAAACACGCCUCGGUGGCUUGUGUUCGCAUCCAGGCUCUGCAGGCAUCCUAUCAGAGGCCUCCUCUGAGCCCGUCUCCACUGCAGUCCCACAAUGCUCUGCUGCACCUCAAUGUCUCAGAGCAGGACUACUGCGAGCUAGAUCGCAACAUUCUGCAGCUCUGUGGUGAGCUCUAUGACCUUGAUGCCGCUUCUCUUCAGCUCAAAGUCAUCAAUUAUCUGCAGCAGCAGACCAAGUCUCAGUGUUGCUGCUUGUUGCUGGUGUCUGAGGACAACCACCAGCUAUUCUGCCAGGUGGUUGGAGACAAAGUUCUGGAGGAGGAGAUCAGCUUCCCGCUGAUGUUUGGACGCUUUGGUCAAGUCGUGGAGAAAAAAAAGUCUAUUUCCCUCCAGGACAUCAGCGCUGAAGAACGCAGGCAGCUGUCCAGCAUGCUGGGCUGUGAGAUCUCCUCCAUGCUUUGUGUCCCUGUUGUCAGCAGGGCCACCGGUCAUGUGGUGGCGCUGGCCUGCGCUUUUAACAAGCAGGGAGGACAGAGACAUGCAGAGGCAGACGAACACGUCAUCCAGCACUGUUUCUGCUACACCUCAACAGUCCUCACUUCUACUCUGGCCUUUCAGAAAGAACAGAAAUUAAAAGUGGAAUGCCAGGCACUUCUGCAAGUAGCCAAGAAUCUCUUCACACACUUGGAUGAUGUGUCAGUACUGCUACAGGAAAUAAUUGUGGAGGCCAGAAACCUGAGCGAUGCAGAGAUCUGUUCAGUGUUCCUGCUGGAUCGGGUUAGCCAUGAGCUAGUGGCGAAGGUGUUUGAUGGAGGUGUUGUUAGUGAUGAAGAGAAUGAGUUUCGUAUCCCAGCCGAUCAAGGCAUCGCAGGCCAUGUUGCAACCACCGGUCAGAUUUUAAACAUUAAGGAUGCCUACUCCCACCCUCUCUUCUACCGCGGCGUGGACGACAGCACCGGCUUCAGGACUCGCAACAUUCUCUGCUUCCCCAUCAAAGACGAAAACAACGAGGUGAUUGGUGUAGCGGAGUUGGUGAAUAAAAUGAACGGGCCAUGGUUCAACCGCUUUGAUGAAGAUCUGGCCACAGCUUUCUCCAUCUACUGUGGAAUCAGCAUUGCCCACUCUCUGCUCUACAAGAAAGUCCAUGAGGCUCAGUUCAGGAACACGCUUGCCAAUGAAAUGAUGAUGUACCACAUGAAGGUGUCAGAGGAGGAGGUGACUAAGCUGCUUGUGACUGGAAUCGAACCCGUGAAGGAGAUUCAUCCGUGUUUCGCCGAGUUCACCUACACUCCCCGUUCCCUUCCCGACGACACGACGCCUCAUGGCGUCCUCAGCAUGUUUGAAGAUAUGGGUUUCAUCAACACGUACAAGAUUGACCUGCACACUCUUGCCAGGUUCUGUCUGAUGGUGAAGAAAGGCUAUAGGGAUCCUCCAUACCACAACUGGAUGCAUGCCUUCUCUGUAUCACACUUCUGCUACCUGCUCUACAAAAACCUAGGGUUGUCCAACUACCUCGAGGAUAUAGAGAUUUUAGCUCUCUUUGUUUCCUGUAUGUGCCAUGAUCUGGACCAUCGCGGCACCAACAAUUCUUUCCAAGUGGCCUCGCAAUCAGUCCUGGCUGCUCUCUACAGCUCUGAGGGAUCUGUAAUGGAGAGACACCACUUUGCCCAGGCAAUUGCUAUUCUCAAUACACAAGGCUGCAACAUCUUCGAGAAAUUCUCCAGGAAGGAUUACCAGAGGAUGUUGGAUCUGAUGAGAGACAUAAUUCUGGCUACAGACCUAGCUCAUCACCUUCGAAUUUUUAAGGACUUGCAGAGGAUGGCUGAUGAUGGAUACAAUACAAAGAGUCGCACCCAUCACUCCUUGCUGCUGUGCCUGCUGAUGACUUCCUGUGAUCUGUCAGACCAAACCAAGGAUUGGAAAACAACACGCAAGAUUGCAGAGCUGAUUUACAAAGAGUUCUUCUCUCAAGGAGAUUUGGAGAAAGCCAUGGGGAACAGACCAAGUGAGAUGAUGGACAGAGAGAAAGCGUAUAUCCCAGAACUACAGAUCAGCUUCAUGGAGCAUAUCGCCAUGCCCAUCUACAAACUACUGUCCGAACUGUUCCCUGGGGCCACUGAGCUGUACGAGCGGGUGGCAGCAAAUCGCGAGCAGUGGACCAAAGUCUCCCAUAAGUUCACCAUCCGUGGGUUGCCCAGCAACAACAGCCUGGACUUCCUGGACCAGGAGUACGAGCUGCUUCAGUCGCAGGGUGCUUUUGGGAGUGACGACCACUGCCUGAAUGGCUGUCUCGAUGACAUAGAGGAAGGUCAGGGCCAGUGACAAACAAAUGGGCCUCCGACAGUGUGUUAAUGCUGAAGUUUUCUCGUGGUCCAAAAAGAGGCGAAGAAUACCUUUCUAGAGGCCAAAGACAGGCUGGUCUCUCUGAUGUCAACCAGCUGGUGUGCUUUAGUGGGCCUUGCUGGAUGGAAACUGAAACAGACGGAUGUUCUGAACCGAUUCGUCUGAGUCACUCAUUCGAUGCUUGAUGUCGCUUGUGUCAACCAGUCGAGGAGCGUAAAAGAUGACAAGUAUCUUUCUACAUGUCACACGUUCAUUCGUACAGUACUGAUCCUUCUUAAGAUUGUAAAAAUAAAACAAGUCGACACAUAUUCGCACAAACAAGGUGGGAGCAUUCGUAGUUGUGGCAAAGACUCCAACGUGUAACAAUGAGAUGAAGUGCUCUACUUUCUGUUACAGUGUGUGUACAUUUCAGUUGCCACAGAUCCCACCUGCUGCUUAUGAAUGCAUGGACGGACACCUUACCAGUUAUAAACCAAUCUGUGAUCAUUUUCCCCAUUCGUAGGAAAUUAAAGCAUUCUAUUUUUACACAAUCACAGCAGAUUUUGUAUCCACCAUGUCAGAGCAUGUUUAGGAGAAUCAUGACCUCUUUUUGUUCUUGUUCAUUCAUUUCAACAUUUAAAAUCUCCUUCUUUGUUUUAGUGGAGUUUAAGGGACAUUUUUGACAAUCAACCAUCAAUAACAACAGAGGCCAUAAAUUAAAAUAUAUAUAAGUGAACACAUGCAUUUUGUGAACAUUAGUUACAAGUAUCUCCCCCCAUUUAUUGUUUGUGCUUUUUGUUGCAUUAAAAAUGUUUUAGAUCAUCAAACAAAGUUUUAUAUCAGACAAUGGUAGCCUAAAGUAUGAAAUCAGUAUUUAUUUUCUUUAUAUCAAUAAUUAAAUCCAAACUAACUUUGACCUAUGUAAAAAAAAAAGUGCUUUCACCCUACAUUUAUCGACUGUCUUCAACAGAUGCCAUCAGUCACUGCAAUGACAAGCAGUGAGUUUUUUACAUUGUUGUUUUAAUUCAGCCACAUUCAAGAGUUUUGUGCGAUGAUUUGCCUGUUUAAGGUCAUGCCACUGCAUCUAUAGUAACUGAGUGUAGGACUGAAUUAGGCCACUUCAAAACCUUGCCUUUGUUUUUUUCUUUUUUUGAGUCAGUAAAAGGUGAACUUGCUGGUGUCAAGUGAGUUAAAUAUAAAUAUCAGAAAUUGAUGACUGCAGCCUUAUUUAUGUUACAGAGUUGAAUUUAAUGACAGAAACUUGUUGAAGUCCUCAGGCUGAAAUACAAGAUGCUGUUUUUGUCCAUUGUGUUUCUUAUAUUUUAGUCAUGAACACUGAUUUUAAUUGAGGCAGAUAUAGUGCCUCAGUUACUAUAUCUGAGGCACUAUAGAAAUAGGCACUAUAUAAAAGGAACCUGGAAAUGUUGUUCCGGGUUCCUUUUUUUAUGUUCUGGAUGAGCCAUCAACAUGCUUCUGCACUAAUUAUGAUCAGCCAAUCUCUUCCAGGAAGGUUUAGCCACUGCUCUGUUUUUUUUUUUUUCUCCAUUUGGGGAUGGCAGCUCUUAUUGCUGCCUAUAGGAGUCCCAUACCCUCAGAAAUAUAUUUGUGACUCUUCCCAGAUUGAUGCUUGUUAAUUAUAUUUUCUCAUCUUUUCUUGAAUUUAUUUUGGUUGGAGUAUAAUCUGUUGCUUUUUAAGCCUACUUCUUGUUGUCAGACAAAUUCUAUUCAAGUUAUUUUCUGAUUCUAAAGGUCUGACAAUAAUGAGGUUGUACUUAAUGAAAAUGAACCAAAAAAUAGGUUAAGUCACAGAUAAUUCAUAAAUUAACAAGGGAGAGGCUAGAUUAGGUUUUCACGCAACACCAGAUUAGUUUGAAUAGAUUUUUCCCUAAUAAGUGAAAUUAUAAUUUGAAGACUGCUUUUUGUAUAUGUUCUGACUUUCUUUGUCUGAUAUUAAAGGUUACCUGAUGCUCUGAAACAUUUAAUUUUGAAAAGAAAAUGCAAGAACAGAAAAAAAUCUGGGACAAAUAUUUACUACAGCACUGUUUUUUUUUUCAUAAUCCAAAAUAUUUAAUCGCCUUUUUUGUAUUUUUUUUUCCCUUUUAUUAUUCAUUUCAAGACAAAAAAGAGAAGCCCUUUAAACAAUCCAUCUCAUUCGUUGGUGUAACUGUGCAGUAGAGUGUGUUAAGUAGAGUGUGUCACUGAGUGUGUCCUAUGGAUCUGCCUUAUUGCGUAUCUUUGCUGCCUUUAUUAGAGCUUUUAAUAUAUAAAAGUGGAAUAAAAAGUCUGUUUAGUAUGUUUGUUGAAUAUUCCUAUGGACACUGUGUUGACUGAGAACAUGUAUAUUUUGUAAAACACUUGUUUAAAGACCUCAAACAUUGCAUCUUUUCACUUCUUUUCUAUUCCUGCCUGUCUGUGCAUCACACAUGAAAGCAUUGUUACGUAAGAAACAACAUAAGAAAACAAAGAAUCAACAAGAGAUGUAGCCAUGACAGAAAACAUUACAUAGGGUUUGUUUUCCAGAUUUGUGCAUCAUUUUUAAAAAAAACCUAAAACUUCAGAGAAGUGGGGCUUAGUGUCACAACAUGCCAUACUUACUUUCACAUUAGCUACAAUGACAAGAAUAUGCUUAGGGUAGGAUAGGACAGCUUAUAAAGUGCAGGGUCGUGUGUUUGUGUGCUAUGUAUGAACUCUUGAAUGAGUGGAUAGAUAAAUAGAUUACAAUAUCUUGAGAAAGUAUUCACAUAAUGUCAUGUUACAACCACAAAUGUCAACGUAUUUUAAUGGAUUUUAUGUGAUAGACCGAAACAAAGUCUUUUUUAUGUGUGCAUUACCUCCACAAACCUGAGGACUAAUAUUCUUUGCAAAAUAGCUUAAAUUCAGUCAGAUUGAAAAGUAAUUUUUAAGUUUGGUCACAGACUUUUUUUCUGCUGUGUUCCUUGGCUGUAAUGAUGCUGCUUAUUCAUUAAUAUUCUCUUACAAACAUCUCAAGCCUUUACAGAACAGCUGGAUUUAUGGUGAAUUUAAAUUGGGCACAACUCAAUUUACGAAAUAGAUUAAUUCUGGGGGUUAUCAUUUGUACAGGGAUUUAUUUGGAAUAUCAAGGUUAAACACAAAUGCAUUUUACUUUUUUUUUUUUUUUUAGAUUAAUUGUGGGGAAAAAAAAUUAUCAUUUCACUUCCACUUCAUAGUUUUGCACUACUUUGUGUUGCUAUAUCACACGAAAUCCCAUUAAAAUUCAAUUUGCUCUGUAUUUGUUACAUGAUUAAAUGUGAAAAGGUUCAACAGGUAUGAAUGCUUUUUGUAAGGGAUUCUAGUUACUGGGGGUUUUCUUAUUUUGCAUAAGAGUGAAAGUGUAGUAAAUGUCAACAAAACUACCAGAUUGAAAUAUGAGAUGUUUCUUUCUAUAUGAAGAAUCCCACAAAGGGUAUUUGCAGGAAACGUUUUGGUUUCCUUGGAUAUACCUGAACAGUGCUGGAUGAAGGGGUUGAAUCUGCCUUCCUAUGCUUUGUAAACUUACUUUAAAAAGGCAUCAAGGUGUGUUAAAAAUUGCUUCCUGGUCUGUCAUUUUUCUCAUUUUUCCUAUCAUUUGCUUCAUAUGUCCUUGUUUUUUUAUGCGCAAUAUGAAGCCAAUGCAUAGAUACUUACGUACAUCAAUAGAAUUUGCUAAAUACUUAUGCCUCAUUAUAUUAUUGCUUUAGGUCUGAGUUGCCAAAGGCUUUUAAAAUGUUAAAUCACAUUGGUUCCAUGAAAAAAAUAAAUGAAAUAGGACUUUUUUUUUCCACACUAUAAAUGCUUUUCAGAGUUCAGACCUUUGACAGUUUUCUAUGAGUCUGUGUUUGUCUGUUAAUGUUCGUCUUAGAGAGUCAGGGCUAAAUGUGCCAAGCAAACACUUUCCACUUCCUGGCCCAGCUGCAAGAUGAAACCCAGAUGUGGCUUUAGGAAUAGUUUGAUGUCAGAAGGCUGCUGGUAACCGCACUUCAUGUCAGCUUGUCCAGGAAGCAUAAAGCCAAUCUACUGUAUUUCUUCUCAUCACAGCAGGAACAGCGGGACUUAAACCUGUGAUGCGAUAACAUUGUAAUGAUCACCUGUGACGUAUUUGCUAAAAGUGGCAAGAAUAAAUAUAUAUAUAUAUAUAUAUAUAUAUAUAUUACCUGUAAAUAACAGAGUUCAAAAACACAAAUCUUUUGAUUGUCAUCAUUACAAUGGGAAGUACUGUAUUUUAAUUCUGUAAUGUAUUUAUAGUGUUUGCUACCUGAUUUUUCUUUUAUUUUUUUUAGUUUGUCAAAGCCAUUUUUGAGCAACCCUAAGCCCCAAUAUCUAAGCUGAAGAUUAGAGAAAGAUAUAUGUGUACUUAGGAUAUAAAAAAUAUUUUACCACGAAAAAAAAUUCACACUACUUGUACAAAUAGUGCUUAAGCUGAGAGGUGAAUUUGGUCAUCUUUAAAGAUUUGUUUGGUGGGCUCUGAGUACUGUUGAUCUGGUUCUUUUCAAGAAGAAAGAAAAUGUAUAACAUUUUGGUUUGUUUUAUUUUUUUUCUGUCUUUCUUUCUUGAAAUAAAUCUAGUGAACGGUG